GAACCAACUUGUCAUCUUGAUCUCCAACCUCGUUCACACCUACCCAUUCACUCCUUUGCAAGCGUCUACCGCGUGCAGUGAUACAACCGCAGCUUGGACAUACCGGCACCCCUUGAAACUCGACCUUUACACCACCCUUCCCGGCCCCUCCUUCCACCAUGUUCCUCACUCGCUCCGAGUACGACCGUGGUGUCAACACCUUCUCGCCCGAGGGCCGUCUCUUCCAAGUCGAGUAUGCCAUGGAGGCUAUCAAGCUUGGUUCCACGACCGUCGGUAUCACGACGCCCCACGGCACUGUCCUCGGUGUCGAGAAGCGCGUCCAGUCGCCGCUCCUCGAGUCGUCGUCGAUCGAGAAGAUCAUGGAGGUCGACCGUCACAUUGGCUGCGCCAUGUCGGGUCUCACUGCCGACGCCAGGACGAUGGUCGACCACGCGCGCGUGACCAGCCAGAUGCACGCCUUCACCUACGACGAGCCCAUUGGUGUCGAGAGCGCUACCCAGGCGGUCUGCGACCUUGCGCUCCGUUUCGGUGAGAGUGUCGAGGACGACGAGGCUCUGAUGUCUCGACCAUUCGGUGUCGCCCUCCUCAUUGCUGGUAUCGACGAGAGGGGCCCUCAGCUCUACCACACCGACCCCUCGGGUACUUUCACCAAGUACGAGGCCAAGGCCAUUGGCUCUGGCUCGGAUGCUGCCCAGCAGUCGCUCCAGGACUCGUUCCACAAGCAAAUGAGCCUUGCCGAGGCCCACACGCUUGCGCUCAAGGUCCUGAGGCAGGUCAUGGAGGAGAGGUUGGACGAGAACAACGUGCAGCUCGCGCAGGUUACCCCUGGCCAGGGCUUCCACAUCCUCAACGAGACCGAGCUUAGGGAAGCCAUCGAGAGCCUCCCCGCGGCAUAAGAGAGAGAGAGAGAGAAAGAUAUGUAGCAUGCAUGGAUACAGAUUAACGUGCA